AUGGCCGGGUCAGGAGUGCACGGCUUCUCCUCCUCUGUCACCACGGAGGAGGCUCCGCGAGCGUGUGAUGCUCCCGGCUGCAGAGAGCGGGGGGCGCUGUCGGGCAGGGCCGGGCCCUCAGGCACCGAGCGGCUCCACCGCGGGGCCCGGAGCUGGGGGACCCUGCGGCCAAAGCUGUGCCCCGGAGCUGGGGGACCCUGCGGGCAAAGCUCUGCCCCGGAGCUGGGGACCCUGCGGCCAAAGCUCUGCCCCGGAGCUGGGGACCCUGCGGCCAAAGCUGUGCCCCGGAGCUGGGGGACCCUGCGGGCAAAGCUGUGCCCCGGAGCUGGGGACCCUGCGGCCAAAGCUGUGCCCCCGGAGCUGGGGGACCCUGCGGCCACAGCCGUGCCCCCGGAGCUGGGGACCCUGCGGCCAAAGCUGUGCCCCGGAGCUGGGGACCCUGCGGCCACAGCUGUGCCCCGGAGCUGGGGGACCCUGCGGCCACAGCCGUGCCCCGGAGCUGGGGGACCCUGCGGCCACAGCCGUGCCCCCGGAGCUGGGGACCCUGCGGCCAAAGCUGUGCCCCCGGAGCUGCGGGACCCUGCGGCCACAGCCGUGCCCCGGAGCUGGGGGACCCUGCGGCCAAAGCUCUGCCCCGGAGCUGGGGACCCUGCGGCCACAGCCGUGCCCCGGAGCUGGGGACCCUGCGGCCACAGCCGUGCCCCGGAGCUGGGGACCCUGCAGCCAAAGCUGUGCCCCGGAGCUGGGGACCCUGCGGCCACAGCCGUGCCCCCGGAGCUGGGGGACCCUGCGGGCAAAGCUGUGCCCGGAGCUGCGGGACCCUGCGGCCACAGCAGUGCCCCGGAGCUGCGGGACCCUGCGGCCAAAGCUGUGCCCCGGAGCUGGGGGACCCUGCGGCCACAGCCGUGCCCCGGAGCUGCGGGACCCUGCGGCCAAAGCUCUGCCCCGGAGCUGGGGACCCUGCGGCCACAGCUGUGCCCCCGGAGCUGGGGACCCUGCGGCCACAGCCGUGCCCCGGAGCUGCGGGACCCUGCGGCCAAAGCUGUGCCCCCGGAGCUGGGGACCCUGCGGCCACAGCCGUGCCCCGGAGCUGGGGACCCUGCGGCCACAGCUGUGCCCCCGGAGCUGGGGACCCUGCAGCCACAGCUGUGCCCCCGGAGCUGGGGACCCUGCGGCCAAAGCUCUGCCCCCGGAGCUGCGGGACCCUGCGGCCACAGCUGUGCCCCCGGAGCUGGGGACCCUGCCGCCAAAGCUGUGCCCCGGAGCUGGGGGACCCUGCCGCCAAAGCUGUGCCCCGGACCCUGCUACCAAAGCCGUGUCCCGGACCCUGCCACCAAAGCUGUGCCCCGGACCCUGCCGCCAAAGCUGUGCCCCGGACCCUGCCACCAAAGCUGUGUCCCGGACCCUGCCACCAAAGCCGUGUCCCGGACCCUGCUACCAAAGCUGUGUCCCGGACCCUGCCGCCAAAGCUGUGUCCCAGGGCUCGCCGAGCCUCGGGCAGCCCCGCGGGCAGUGGGAGCCUUGGUCCCCCCCGGCACAGCUGCCGUGGCCCAGACGGAGUUAGACAGGAGCUGA